CCUUAUACAGAAACCGUCCGAGUAAUAAGACACUCUGGUGUCCAAGAGUAUCCAUAUAAUGGAUCCUAUCCAUAUAAUAAAUUUUAUAUUUUCUUUAUUCGUAAAUUCGGAAAGUGUAUGUAAAUUCUCCGGGUAACAUUAGUCUACCUUUUUGGUUCCCGAUACGACUGUAUUUACUAGCGCCAUCAUGUGAACACCUUAUUUACUAAUCAUUUUUCUUCCACUUUAUCAAUCUUUAAAACGAAUAAUUCAAUUUUUUAAAUAGAGUAAUUCAAAAAAAUAACUAUUUUAUAAUAAAAAUUAUAAAUAAAUUUCUAAUAAAUAUGAAUGUUUUUUUAUAUGUCGCUUUGUUAAGCUGUUGCAUUAUAUUAACAUCAUGUGAAGUUUUAACAACGCUAGGAGUAAUGACAGGUGCUAGUGUCUUAGGAGGUUAUGUCUAUAAUAAAAUUCAAUGCAAAUAUUUUGAAUGCUGUACAGAUGAAUAUAUCAAAUUUGAUUUGGAAAAACUUGACAAACUUAUGCAAAAUAAGCUGUACGGUCAGCACAUUGCUUAUAAAACAAUAUUAAAUGCAUUACAUGGUUAUUUAAAUAAUAAGGAAAACAAAAAAGCAUUAUCAUUAAGUUUUCAUGGUCCACAAGGAACUGGUAAGAACUAUGUAACUCAGUUUAUCGCACAAUCCUUAUACAGAAAAGGGACUGAAAGUAAAUUCUUUCAUUUUUUUAAUGGAAGAGAGGAUUUUCCAUUAACAAAUGAAACUGAAAAUUAUAAGAUAGCACUGCAGACAAAAAUCAAAGCUGCAUUAAAAGCUUGUCCAAGAUCAUUAUUUGUUUUUGAUGAAGUAGAUAAAAUGCCAGAAGGAAUACUAAACGCCAUUGUACAUUAUUUGGAUUAUAAUACAUGGCCAAAAGAUUAUGUAGGAAAUGAAGCAAUUUUCCUAUUUUUAUCAAACACCGGUAGUAGACAAAUUGUACAAAGGUUAUUAAAUCUUUGGGAAAGCGGUGUAAAGAGGCAAAAUACUAAGCUUCAAGAUUUUGAAAAUUUAAUAUCCAUCGGAGCGUUUAAUGAAAAAGGAGGAUUUCAUCUUAGUGAUACUAUAGAAACUAGUGUUAUUGAUCAUUAUAUUCCUUUUCUUCCAUUGGAAGAAGAAGACGUUAAAAAGUGUAUAAGGCAUGCAUUUAAAAAAAGAUUAACUGAAGAAACUAAAGUAACUGAAAUAACUCCAGAAAUGGUAGAGGAAGCCUUAUCGCAUUUGACAUUUGAUCCACCACCUCAUAAUUUAUAUUCCAAAUCUGGUUGUAAAAGAAUAGAACAAAAAGUAGCUAUUAUUAUGCAUCCUUAUAAAAAAUAAUUGUUUUUUAUUAUAUUUAUAUUAAGAAGUAUUAAGAAAAUCUUUACAAUGUAAUAUAUUCUGUGCUACAUGUAACAUUGAUGGUACGUGUUAAACUUUCCAUUUAUGACUUGGGUACCACUGGUGGCACACUAUAAGAUAUUUAUUUAAAUGCCAAAACAUCAAAUGGCUUUGAUGAAAAGUCGAGCAAAAAUGGCUCUGUAUGAAAUGUGUUAAAAGAAAAAUAUUAUUAAUUUAUUUGGUUUUAUCUUUGUUUAUUUUUUCUAAGGAAAAUUCAUCGCUUUAGCUUAAUUAUGAUUGGUCAUUUGUCCAAUCAACAAAUUUACAUUUUUUUUCUAAACUUCUCUACCUAGUAUUUUUGCUCUGAACUCAAAUAAGAUUUACGCAACUAUAGUUGCAUGCAUAUGAAUGUGAUAUAUAUUUGGGUUUGUUCCAAAAAUUGUAUAAUGCGAAAGAGUCUAUAUCGGAUUAUAAUGGAGUCGUAUCGAAGAUUUAAAAAAAAUACUACUUAUAUUUUAUCAAAUGUUUAUCAUUUGAAACGUUAACACAGAAGAGAAAUUAAAUACAACAAGUAAUAAAUAAUCUUUUAAUAUUAA